CUGAGGAGUUUGUUCAUCCCACGCCCCGACCUUUGAAAGGAGUUUAUGCUAACUUCUUCAGCUAUGAGUCUCCUUCGUCUCCCAUGCAUCAAGAUGACAGUAAGAGAGACCCUGAUUGGCAGAAGACGCCUCUGCAGAAACGCGUCAGUGCUUGCCAUUCUCGGAUCCAGCGGAAAACCUUGAAGGAUUAUGAUAACGUGGCGGAAGAAUGGGCGGAUGAGGAAGACGAAGACUUAGUGUCUCCUCACGAAAUGCAACGUCUUGUAUUGGCAACUUUCCUCUCGAGUUCUACACGUUCUUCCUACGAUAUUCUUCAGGAUAUGAUGCUGUUGACCGUCAUUUGUGGCGUAUUUGGGGUCGUGUGCGCGGAAACCGUGACGACUAACAUUCCACCAUUGACUUCAACCGAGAGUAUUUCUGUUUCCCAAGCAAAACCAGAUCUCAAAACCAUUUCUGAACCGUGUCGUCAUGCUCUCGAAAAGCUGAUGAAGUGGGGUGAUUUGCUGGACUCGAACGCUGGAAGAACGGAUCAACUGUUGUUCUUCCAAGCACCCAACAACUUCCAGUACCUGAAAAUAUUCUCCCACCCGAAAGUUCUGAAACCCGGUUCGAAAUGCGUUUCAAGGGGUCUUGAAAUCGGAGAAAGUGUCGAGUCUUCGUGCCGCCUGGCGUUGAACAAGGCGUGGGAAGUGAAUCAUGAACCUUUGUUCUAUGUGAAGCCGCAAGUUGGAGAGCUGGAGUCCAUUUGCGGAGUCCCAGCAGGUUCCAACGACACAUUUUCUCCAACCUCGCGCACUUUCUCUCUGUUCAACGAGACGUGGAACGUGACUGAACUCUUGACGAAUCAUCUGAUGCCUGUGAGAGUGACAGUGGUUCCGGCGAGUGGAGGUGAACUCGGCUUGGCUACAUCGCUGAGUUUCCUGAUCAAAUUAAAUCGAUACAAUGAAGUUCUUGACGCGGCAGUGGAGACCCGAGCAGGAGUGACACCUGGCGCAACGGAUGUGUUGCUGCAGUCUUCGGUGAAGUUUUCGUUGGAAGAUGACGCUGGAAUCUCGUUCUCUGGUCGCCCCGGUUAUUUAGCCGAGUUUCCGGUGAGGUUUGGAGUUUCUAUUUCAAAUUCGUCCCUUGUCGGUGUUCGAGAAAAGCGAUUUUCUGUCCUUGGAUUAGGCCACAAGUGUGAUUCUACUAAACGCGAUUUGAUGAGAUUCGGAGUGGAGACCAUCAGCGGGUGCGAGUUUGUGGCAAAUUUUAGUUCGUGUUCAAGUCUAGGGACGAGUGUUCAGAAAGUUCUAGUCGAUGAGAUUCCGGAACUGGUCGCUGUUUAUGGGGAUUCGGAGCCCGAGUUCCUGAAGGAUUGGGUUAAUGUCGUGGUCGAUGAAAUCCCUGUGUCGAAUGCGGUGCUGGACGAAAAUGGUAAUGAGCUUUGUGUGGGAAUCGCGAGGUCGGUUGACGUCGACUUUGUGGUUUCAAGAUUUGGGAGUUGUGGGAAACCGCAGUGGAAAAUUUUAGGCUGCCGAGUUAAGUUUGGUUUCGGAAAUGUUGAACAAGGUGGGAAAACCGUACUCUUUAGCCAGGUGCGGUUCUUGGAUGUUUCGGAAGAGAUUGAGCCUAGAUUUGCUGCACCGUUUAGGUUUCCCUUGUUGGAUUUUUAUUUGCCUCACGAUUUCUUCUACCCUUUCUUGUUGAGCAGUUCUGGAGGAAGGGCUCAAUUUGAGGUUCUGUUGUUGUUGGCUACUUCUUCUGCAAGCACACUCUUCAGCGAGUCCAACAAAAUGUCCGCAUGGUGUUGGGUGAAGUUGAGAGCCGGUCUCAGUCGAAGCACGUCAACGCCGCAACCACCGACAUGGACACCUGCGAAUGACAACACACACAGAUCAGCCACUAAAAAAAAAUGGGAAUCGGAUAAUGCAAAGUGGGCCAUCCAAAUGGUAGUGCUCGUGACACCACAUUUUCCCUGUGCUACCACAACCUGUCUGGACUUCAUCCACAAGGAACCCAACAUCCGCCUGCAACAA